UGCCAGUGUGGCACCCAACGCUGCACCGUCGUAAAGUCAAAGCGCACACGUCGACGCAGUCCAGAACCGAGCGUGUGGCGCACGUACACACCUGUUCGCUAUUCGGAAAGCCCUGCAUAUUGAAGCACGGUGACAGCAACAUUAUUUCGAUUGCCGAUUACUUUCCUUUCAUUUUAAUUGGAACUCCUUCACCUAUAAGAAAACCGUAAAAAUGGCACCAAAACAGAGGAUGCGCAUCGCCAACGAAAGAGCUACGAAAAACAUCACGCUUCGGGGAAAUGUUCCGAAAUCAACGAAACCACAAGAAGAUGGAUCUCCAGUUGGACCAUGUUUGCUAGCGCUUUUCUUAUUCGUUGUAUGUGGUUCUGCUGUAUUCCAAAUAAUUCAGAGUAUUAGAAUGGCUUAAUGUUACCAACGUAAAAAUCAAAGAGAUGUUGCUGUUACUGUUAAUAUGAAAAGCUGUCUACAACUAAUUGGUACACAAACGAGAUCAACAGACUGUUUUAUCAUACACUAUAAAUAUGUAGGCAUCAAAAUGCUGUUGAUAUAAAACUGAAAUCACAGUCUUGCUACACAAUUUUUUCUAUUUGGUAUAACACAAAAAGUUUAUUUAUAAAAAUUUAGCAUUUAUAUACUUCUUACUUAACUGCAUUAUGUAUUGAUUGUAUCGAUGAAAGAAGAUUGCAUUUAGUGCAUUUUGUUCAAAUAUUUCCAAUUUAAUAUAACAGAGUGUCCAGUUGACUAUAACGAAACAAUUAAUUGAUUUUUAUUUCGUCGCUUCGUAUACAGCAAUUAUUAUGCAUAUUUUCAUAGGAAAUGUAAAUUCUUCCAUCGAUACGUGCAUAGUAAAUAAUUGUAUAUAUGUACGAUCGAUUAAUUGUAUCAAUUCAUUAAUCAAAGCAUUCCACUGUGAGCAGUUGGUAGCUUUUGGUUGUCGAUAUAUUUUAGAGGCCUUAAGAACAUAAUAGGUCCUUCUAUGUAUAUGUAAAAUAUAUAUUAUAUAUAAUAUCAAUGUAAUUUAUCCUAAUGAAAUAUUUGCUACUGACAAUUCUUUGUCUCUUUUAAUAAAUUAUAUUAUGAAUAAA